AAGACCUUUGUAGAAAGUGCGCUCUGUACGAGUGGUCGUCGGACGACUAUGUCCAGCGGUCAGCUUCGAAUGAUUGUAUUAUUAUCGUCGUUGUCUUCGUCUUUGUCGAUACUACCGCAAUAAUUUCCGCUGUCGAAUAUUGUAGUCCCAGCCUUUUAGUCGACAAAGCAGCUGAAUUUAUUUUAUUUCCUUUUACUAUCAUUAUAUUGUAGUCACCUUAUAUUAUUAUCACGUCGGGUUUGAAAGGAUAAGGCGAGGGAUCCGGCGGCGUUCACGCUGCAGGAAUGAAAAUCAAACAUGCCAACAACAACAUCGACGACAUGGAAAGACAACGGGCAGAGUCGACAUUCACCAUCCUUUCAAAGGUCAAGAAUUCGCCCAACGUGAACACGGCGGUUAAAUGGCUGUCGUCCAACAAGUUACUCAUAUUCAUCUUGGUAUCAGUCGUAUUUGGAGUGAUCCUGGGAUUGAUUUUAAGACCGUUGAACCUUAGCAGUGAUACUAUUACUUUAAUUUCAUAUCCCGGUGACCUUUUCUUGAGGACUUUAAAGUUGAUGGUCUUACCAUUCAUCAUAUCAUGUUUAAUUAUAGGUGCUGCUAAUUUGGAUAUAAGUAAAAAUGGCAAUGUUGCAGUCCGAACAAUUGUGUAUUUUGUCCUUACGUCUGUUUUUAAUGUCUGCUUGGGAUUAACGCUCGGUCUGCUCGUUCAUCCCGGCAGUCCAGAUCUAAGGUUAACAAAUACCACGACAUUUUCAGGACCCAAAAAGAUGAACGUUAUGGAUGGAUUUUUAGAUAUGGGAAAGAAUUUAUUGCCAGAAAAUCUGUUUCAAGCUACAAUUCAACAAACAUUAACCGAGUAUGAGACCGUCAUGGGUGAAAAUAACACGAAAGUGUUGAAAAAAGUCGUUAAAUACAAGUAAUACUACAACAUUAUUAAAUUGCAUUUGGCUAGGUCGUUCAUUUAUACCGUUUUAUAAAUACAUAGCAUAUUUAUAUUGUAUUUUUGCACGUACAUCCCUAUUCUGAUAACCUCUAUUACAGAACAUCUCUGUAGGUUUACGCCCAUUGGAGUAGCCAGUGUCAUAUGUGGUAAGAUCAUCACACUGGCCCAACUCACGACCACCCUGGUCCAGCUCAGCUUAUUCAUCGCAACGACGGUCGGUGGUUUCCUAUUCUAUCAGCUGAUAGUGAUACAAGUCAUUUAUUUCGUAAUCGUGAAGAAGUCUCCUUGGCCGUACUACGUGUCAUUGGGACCCGCUCUAGCAACUGCCUUUGCUACUGCUUCCAAGUCAGCGUCUCUUCCAAUAACAUUCAAAGUAUUGGACGAAAAAUUAAAGAUGAAUCCGAAAAUCACUAAAUUUGUCCUUCCCAUUGGUACGAUCAACAUGGACGGUUCAGCUCUGUACCUGAGUGUAGCACUAUUGUUCUUGGCGCAAAUCAAUAAUUUACAACUAGGCAUUGGAGAAAUUUUUACUAUCGGGUUGGCUUGCACAGCGGCAAGUAUGUCUUCGGCGGCUAUUCCGUCGGCGGCCAUCGUCUUGGUUGUAAUGCUGUGCAGCGUGAUAAACUUACCCACUGAAGACGUAUCUCUGCUGUUUGCCGUCGAUUGGCUAGUAGACAGGUUCAGAACUAUGAACAAUCUGAUUGGAGACUGUUACACGGUAGCCAUUGUUCAACAUCUAUCCAAAGAGGAAUUAGAACAGGAUGAUGAGAAAGAAGCUGAAGAAGCGCACGUCAACGGCAUGUUUGUUAUGCAAGAACAAGAACAAAACGCACAGACAAAUCAGAGUUUUUCCACCAACACACCAGUAUAAAAUAUAUUAUUUACAAUAAGUACCUAUAACAACUACGACGUGUUUCCAGUAUUAUCAUGUAUAUAUUAUGUAUAACAGUCAACAGAGCUGGUUGUAUAAGAUCGCACGUGCUGCUGACGACAAUUCAUAUAUUAUGACUCGAACGUAUUAUUAUUAUUAUUAUUAUUAUUAUUAUUAUUAUUAUUAUGUAUUAUUAGUAGA